AAUCAUAGAUAAGCCAUUUUAGGUUUCAGUUUAGGAGAGUAGACAGUCGCAGGUUUUAGAUAGAGGAGAACAGGAGCUGGAUGCAAACAGGAGUCAGAUUCUGGAUUUAUCUGGAAAAAGAAGAAAUGUAAGUUUUAACAGAAUUUUACCAAUAUCAUUUUGCUUGAUAUUAUGUUUUAUUGCUGUGCACAAACGAUGGCUUGUCAAGAUUAAAUUCAAGGAUGUACCUAUCAAAGCCCUAAUCGGGUAAUGAUAAUGUAAAUGCUCCACAAGCGUUCCUUCUCAUGGUUGAUUACUUCUGUUUACAUUUUAACCCUCUUAUCAAGCAAAACUACUCCAUCAGUCUCUCACUUUUUUCUGUAUUCUGCUUUAGAUGAGACUACUGGCCUUACUUUGCUUUGCCCUGCUGCUCAAUUUUGAGGUAAAACUACCAUAUAAAUGACAAAUUAACUCUCAAACACAUUGUUCACCAGUAUCUUCCAUGACUAUAUGCCUUUCUUGUGUUUUUUUUCUUCUUCAGAGAAAAGCAGCUGUAGCCUCACUUUCUUGUCAUUUUUGUUUAGCUCUCAUCAUGCAUAAAGCUUCAGGUGACCCCUGGUUCAACACUGGAGCUGCCUUGUUUCACACUUCUAACCGAUUUCACCGGACCUGUCACCUGGAAAUUCAACGGUCACAUUAUUAUACCACUCAAACUACCGCUGCUAUGACCUGAAUUUGUUCUAAAAAGAAAUAAAUCAGUGGCAUAUAUUCUCAAGUUUUAUCUUUUCCUCAAUGCAGGUGAAGUCAUGGAUCACCUCACACCUCAGUCAUCUGGCUCGACUAGACUGAAGAAGAAAGGCUUAAUUCUCUCCCCCGUCACUGUUGCUCACAACGGCACGUAUGAGUGUUCAGUCAGUGAGAACAACAUGGAAAUGAGUUUGACGUAUGACAUUUUUGUUGUUGGUAGGUGACAUCAAAAAUUAAAACACAUUAUUCUAUCAGUCCAACAUUUUAACUUAAAAUGUGUGCGAAUGUACGAAUUUGAGAGCUUUGAUCAAAAGAGAGUGUGUCUUUCCUGACAGUUGCAAACGUCUUCACCAUGAAGAUAAUGGAAGGCCAGAGCGGUCAUCUCCCGUGCUUUUUCCCACCUUUCAGCCGAGUCUCAGCUAAUGCGGUUUGGGUCAAAAAGACCGAGAACCAGGAAACAGAGCUGAAUCUUGAAGACCGCUCAUCAGACGGUGACAUGAGGAUAGAACAGCUUUAUCCAUUUGAUCAGGAUCAGACCAUCAUACUCAGAAACGCUGUUGUGACAGAUACAGGAAUUUACAAAUGUGUAUCUGCAGAAGGGGAGACACUGAGCACCGUAUACACCUUUAUUGAAGGUAAGUCUGUCAUUCUUUUCCAUAAAGCUGCUGAGUUGAUGCAGUAUCUGUAUAGUUUAGAACAAUUGAUAAUGAAAGGAGAAGACAGACCUGUAUGAGUUAUAAAGAUUGUGUCUGCCAACCCUUUUGAAUCAUAACGACACAAUGCAGUAACAGCUUUCAUGUAUGUUACUAACCCCUCAUUUUAACAACUUUCAGCUGCUCCCACUGAGGUUCCAUACUCAUGCAGUGGUUUCAGCGAAUCAUGGGAGCCCUGCCUGGAUGAAAACAGCCGAACAGGGGGACCGAUGUUGCGGGAAUCAUUGGCAGAGUUUUCAAUGAAGGCGUAUUCUCACCUCAGGCAGUCACAACCCUCCCGCAACUUGCUCUUCUCUCCGAUCAGUAUCGCUGGGGCACUGUCGCAUUUGUUGCUAGGUAUGAAAACAAAAGCAAGUUUCAGGUUUAAUAAUCCGUUCAUGAAGUGUUCAUAAGUGUUUUUCUCUUAUUGGCAACAAACUCUGAUAACAACCCUCGAACGGUGGAAUUGCACACAGCAGAAAUGCAAUUCUGAGGUCACCACAUGCUCCUUCUUUCAUCUGCACUUUUAAAGUCAUAACUAGCUGUGACAAAAGACAACCCUGAUAGGAAGGCCAACAGGUACUGGGAAAAUAUCUGACUGUGCUGAGGACUAGGACACAGCUCUCACUUUGGUUUAUUAAGGACAGGAGGGCCUUGUGGGUCCAGCACUUGCCUCAAAGCCCAUAACUUUGUAAACAGCUGGUCCACAGUAUCACUUUCAAGGUGAAAACUACAUUACUGCUUUUGACAUGAAAAGGCAAGUCCGACAAGACAGCUGAUCGAUGACCUGAGCCUUUUAACGCCUCAGCUUUUGUAUCAUUCACACCUGUCACUCUGCCACUGUGGCGCCUCUUGACUACCUUGACAACAUCUGCCAUGUGUGUGGGCAAGAUCUCCCUGGACAAAGGAAAAUAAUUCAUUUGGAGUUGUGAGUUGACACCUUGCAAACACAGGUCUCAGUCUUCCAGGUCUGCCCCCCCUCCAGUCUAAUUGAUCUAACCAUCAGGUUGUGGUUAGCUGGGUGUACGAGAAGCACUCCUGGUGAUUGACAUUGUUGUAUCUUUAGUGCUCUAGGGCCAGACGCACAAUGGGAUCAUCGUGUUUCCUAGUGCAGAUCCACGACUACUACAAAAGUUCAAAGCCAAACAUCUUUCAGAAGAGGAAGUCUGCUCCUCCAAUAUGCCAUCUCUGAAAAUGUACAUUGUAGUUCCAAAAUAGGAUUUGUUGAAACUAAGAAAUCACAGAACACAGAACAAUUCUGCCGAGUGCAAGUUAUAAUUACCUGCAAAUGUAGUUUUCCAAGAAAUGUCAAUUUUUCUUCAUAAUGUUCUUUCCUUCUUGUUACCUUCAGGUUCCAGGGGUGACACCCGCAGAGCCAUUGAAAGGGCUCUCUUUGUGUCACAUGAUUUCCACUGCGUUCACUUCCAGAUGAGGAAGCUGAAAGAGAAGUUGGAAGGCUCUUUGCAGAUGGCAUCUCAGAUCUACUACAGCUCCGGUAUUUCUCACCUUCACACAUAGUUACUCUGUACAGAGUUGUUGUGUCACUGUGCACACCACGUUUUAAGGCUCCCAACCUUGCCUCUGCUCUCUUUCUCAGGAAUGAAACUAAGUGAAUCCUUCGCUAACCAGUCUGUUCAGUACUAUGAGGCAGAGCCAACCAGACUGCUGGAAGACAGCGAGAACAACACUGAGAUGAUCAACACCUGGGUGGCAAAUAAGACCAACAACAGAAUCACAGACUUGAUUGAUUCUGUAUCACCCAAUACCCAACUGAUGCUGCUCAAUGCUGUCUCCUUUAGUGGUUAGUGAAGUGUGUGAAUACAAGUUUGUGUGCGUAUUGGUAAGUGUGUGAAACAUUCGUGUCAUAAUGAACUGUGUGUCCUCCUCAGGUCAAUGGACAGUCAAGUUUAAUGCGAAACCAAGGAAAGGGCUUUUCACUAAACUGAAUGGUGAUCUGGUAAAGGUGCCCGUCCUCUUCCACCAGAACUACGUCGUGGCUAUGACCUACAACACUGAGCUGGGAGCACAGGUAAAGACAGGCAAAAACCCAUCUUUACAGACAUAUUCAGCAGUGGAGGUGGAUUAAGGUUAUGAUAUGGGUGAGCAGAAAUGCGGUUUAGGUUUUUUUUUAAAUUUAUUAUUUGUGCCAAAUAGCUGCAACUGGCAUAAAAUGGAAACCGAUUAUGAUUUCAUGUAGGACUAGGAGCACAAGAUAAAAGGUUUAUGAAAGAGACAGACGUUUGAUAUUUGUCUUUGUUUACAAAACCCAAUUCCACUGAAGUUGGGAAACUGAUAAAUGUAAAUAAAAACAGAAUUCAAUGAUUUGUAAAUCCCUUUUAACCUAUAUUCAGUUGAAUACACUACAAAGACAAGAUAUUUAAUGUUCAAACUCAUAAACUUUAUUUUUUUUGCACAUAAUAAUUAACUCAGAAUUUCAUGGCUGCAACACGUGCCAAAGUAGUUAGGACAGGGGCAUGUUUACCACCGUGUUACAUCACCUUUCCUUUUAACAACACUCAAUAAACGUUUGGGAACUGAGGAGAAUAAUUGUUGAAGCUUUGAAGGUGGAAUUCUUUCCUAUUCUUGCUUGAUGUACAGCUUCAGUUGUUCAACAGUCCGGGGUCUCCGUUGUCAUAUUUUGCGCUUCAUAAUGCGCCACACAUUUGGGAGACAGGUCUGGACUGCAGGCAGGCCAGUUGAGUACCCACACUCUUUUACUAUGAAGCCACGUUGUUGUGACACGUGCAGAAUGUGGCUUGGCGUUGUCUUGCUGAAAUAAGCAGAAGGGGCGUCCAUGAAAAAGAUGUUGCUUGGAUGGCAGCAUAUGUUGCUCCAAAACCUGUAUGUACCUUUCAGCAUUAAUGUUGCCUUCACAGAUGUGUAAGUUACCCAUGCCUUGGGCACUAAUGCACCCCCAUACCAUCACAGAUGCUGGCUUUUGAACUUUACAUCGAUAACAGUCCGGAUGGUUCUUUUCCUCUUUGGCCCGGAGGACAUGAUGUCCACUAUUCCCAAAAACAGUUUGAAACGUGGACUCAUCAGACCACAGAACACUUUUCCACUUUGCAUCAGUCCAUCUUAGAUGAGCUUUGGCCCAGAGAAGCCGGCGGCGUUUCUGGAUGUUGUUGAUAAAUGGCUUUCGCUCUGCAAAGUAGAGUUUUAACUUGUACUUACAGAUGUAGCGACGAACUGUAUUUACUGACAGUGGUUUUCUGAAAUGUUCCUGAGCCCAUGUGGUGAUAUCCUUUACACAUUGAUGUCGGUUCUUGAUACAGUGCCACCUGAGGGAUCGAAGGUCACGGGCAUUCAAUGUUGGUUUCUGGCCGUGCUGCUUAUGUGCAGUUAUUUCUCCAGAUUCUCUGAACCUUUUGAUGAUAUUAUGGACUGUAGAUGUUGAAAUCCUUAAAUUCUUUGCUAUUGCCGUGGAGAAACGUUCUUAAACUGUUUGACUAUUUGCUCACGCAGUUGUUCACAAAGUGGUGAACCUCGACCCAUCCUUGCUUGUGGAUGACUGAGAAUUUUUGGGGAAGCUGCUUUUAUACCCAAUCAUGGAACCCACCUGUUCCCAAUGAGCCUGCUCACCUGUGGGAUGAUCCAAAUAGGUGUUUAAUAAGCAUUCCUUAAAUUUCUCAGUAUUUUUUGCCACCUUUCCCAACCUCUUUGUCACGUGUUGCUGCCAUCAAAUUCUAUAGUUAAUUAUUAUUUGCAAAAAAUAAAAAAAAGUUUAUGAGUUUGAACAUUAGAUAUCUCGUCUUUGUAGUGAAUUCAAUCAAAUAUAGGUUGAAAAUGAUUUGCAAAUCAUUGUAUCCUGUUUUUAUUUACGAUUUACAAAUCUUCCCAACUUCAUUGGAAUUGGGUUUUGUACAUUGAAGAUGCAAAUAGCUAAUUUAUCAUACAGCUAAGUGUGUCUUUUGCCAAAAUAUGAAUGAACAACCCGCUGCGAAUAUUUGUGGAAUAACUUAGUGAUUGUGCAUUUGCCCUCCACACUGAUAGAAAUUUAGACAUUUUUUGAGAACCCAUGCAUUAACACCAGGAAUUUAACUUUGGCCAACAGGUGGCAAGAUUUGGUCUCACUGGUGAAACCAGUCUUUACAUCCUGCUGCCUCUCACUGGCACAUUGGCUGACCUACAGGCGUUGGAGGAGAAGAUGACGGACACUGCUGUUCAACAAAUGAUAGAUCAAAUGACGACGGUCUCUACUCAGCGUGCGGAGGUCACUCUGCCCAUGAUCAGACUGGAUGUCCAACCAGACAUGAUCACACUGAUAAAAAAAUUAGGUUUGCUUACCUUCAUUUUUCUGUCAGACUCAAAGUCAGCGGAUCUAAAACAUAAAUACCAUCCAUGAUUUGAGAGCAAAUCACUUCAAAUAGACAGCUAUUAGGUCUCAUUGCUCUUUGAUGUCUAUGCAUCAGGUCUGGUUUCACUUUUCUCUCACAUUUUCCUCCAUCUGCAAUUUUCUGUCACUUUUCCCUCAAAACAGGCCUGUCAACCCUUUUUGAAGACGCCAAUCUCUGUGGCUUGAACCGGGAAGAGAAGCUGCUCCUUGAUGAUGCGAGACACAGAGCCUUCCUCACUCUCACUGAACACGGGGUCGAGGCCGGAGCUGUCACCAGCAUGACGUUCUCUCGCACUUUCCCGUCCUUCUCUGCCCUGCGGCCUUUCAUCAUGCUGCUGUGGAGUGACCAGGCCAAUGUGCCUCUCUUUAUCGGUAGAGUGACUGACCCAUAGAGGAGAAAGAAAGAAACAGGAGUAACUCAGGGCUAUCUGAUAGAAUCAAAGCAGGAGUCCGACUGUUUUUUUUCCCAGUAUGAGUCAAAGUAGCUAGUGAGGCUCACAGAAACAUAUGUAUACAGCUCUGAAUGGGUAUGAAUAAACACAUAUGAACCUACACAUUUGUUGCCUAAUAUUUUAAAAAAUAAAGCAAAAUGUGGAUCUCAUGCAAAGGACGACAGACAUCCACUGAAAUAACUUCAGUUUAUUUUUUGAAGUAAUUACACAAACCCACCACAGGAUGGCAGCCAUACUGUAUGAUUGACAUCGACAGUGAAUACACAGGAACUGCAGUAAUGACUUCCCAUCUCAUUCGUCCCUGCCCUCCUGCAUCAUUACCAGCCAUAUCACUGUAGGAAGACGAGUGUCAAAGUCCGUAACAGUAAAGGUUUUGCUUUUUAGAAAUCAACAGCCUACUUGGUCAAGCGAAGCGAUUAAGCAAAAAGUACCCUGAAUUUUUGUAUUCUCAAACAAUAUACACUAAGACUGAAUGGAUGGCAUAGACUGUAAACACAUCCACAUUCAGAACAACUUGCUAAGGCGCUCUGUUACACAAGCUGAUAGUGAUUGCUUGUGUUUGCUAAACAUGCAGCUAUAGUGCAGAUAAAGAAUUACACAAGCAAAGUGGGAUCAUUAGACAAUAGUCAGAAAAUUUAGUGACUGUAAACAGAACCAACAGACCCACAGACGGGAAUAAGCAACCCUCAAGCCAAGAAUGUGAACUCUAUUAGAUCACUGUCACCCAGCACAGCCCCAAUCAAAGUACUGAGUAUUCCCAGAAAUGCAUCUAUAAUGCUGGGAUAACACAAUCAUGUUUUUGUUUUGGUUUGAUUAUCUGGCUGCUGACGCACUGGGUGUUUCAAUGUGCAUAGAAAAAGUACAGAAUAAUAUCAGCAUCCUUUAAAAAAAAAAAAAAAAAAAAUCAAACUGAAAAUGUGUUUGAAGUUUCCUGUCAUUGCACAACAAUUAGUCCCAACUCUGAUAAUGCUCAAGCCCUUUUUAUUUGUAACCUAAUUCACCACUGAAGGAUCCAUUUUUUGCAGUCAAUGAUGAGACACAAGGUUGUUGAAGGACACCAAGAAUAUGAGCAGCCAGAUCGAUUCAACAGUUAGAAAACUCCCAGAGGCUACUGACUGACUGACUGACUGUGGGUGUGCUCGCAUGUACCUACACGCUGCCAGUACCAGAGUGAGGAAUUAAUGGCCGAUUAAAACUGAUAUCCUGGCUGUUAUUUAGACAACUCAGUGAAAGUCUUAGCUAUGAUCAUCUUCAACAUGUAGAGAUGUGCACAACUGACACAUGCAGAUUACGUUUACAAUGUAGUGAAGGUUUUUAUGUUGACUGGAUCCUGGCCUCUAGUUAUUAUUCACUGCGCCUGCGGUCACUUUUCUACAUGCAGGGUGUAACCCCCUUUGUACCUCCUGAGGACAGAGCAGACAGGUGCUUUACAUUUAUCAUAUUCAUGCAGUGGCCAUUUUCCCCUUAUUGUUUUUGUCGCUGUGGUCAGAGAACAGCCAAUAUUAGCGCUCAGCCACUUACUCAUAGAUAUUACUGUAAACUAGUGAGUGGACAGGAGCCAAAAUUACUAUAAGUUAUCAUUACAAGACAUAUAAAAAUUACAACUCUUUAUCUGACAUAAUACUGAGUGCUGACAAACUUUCAUCAAUGGAGGGGUUGGAAAAAAUCGGUAAUCAUAUUUUUUAAAAUUCCGAAAUACAGACAAAUAGUACAGGAGACGAGAACAGACGUAGAUUUUUCUUUUUUUAUGCACUGUUUUCUCGUGAGAACCAGUAAUUUUGUUAUUUCAGCAUAAAGAUUGUUUUCUUGUGAUAACAGAAAUGGCGUUCUAGCAGGGUUUUCAAUGAAAACGCUGACGUCACGCUGCACUUUGCGCAAGCGCAUUACGACGUGGGAACAUUUAACUGUCAUGUGCGAAUUGGACAACAACAGUAACUAUGGCGGACACAUUAUAAAUUAAUUUGUUAUCACGAGAAUAUGAUCUUUGUAAUGUCGAGAUAAUGAAAAUAAAAUAAUUUGUUAUCAUGAAAAUACUAUCUUUGUUGUCGUUAUCAGGAGAUAAAAGUGCAUAAAAAGGAGAAAAACCCAUGACUGUUCUAGUUUUCUGUAAAAUAGCUAUCUGACAGUUUAAUACAGUUAUCGACUUCGACAGUGGUCAGGAACUGAACGGUCAUUAGGCAGAAAUGAUUUAAAUGAAAUGCUGCGAUUUUAAACUGGCUGUUUAGCUGAAGUAAAACCAAAAUUACAGCGAACUAGGAAGUAACUGAGCCCAAAUUUUAGUCUUUGGCUGUGUCACAAAAUAUAUCAGGAAAGGAAUCAAUUCCUAUAAACACAUAAUUUUACUCUGUAACUGAAUGUAAACAAGCUGUAAGCUAGGAAAUGUGUGAAUACAAUCUUGAGCUGUUGUAGCUGUGGAAGCUAAAGGGUUGUUUACUUUGAAACACGGGCAGAUCUCGCUCUUCAUUCCCAUUACACAUCGUCUUUCUUUUCAGUUGCUCAUUAGUGGCUAAUGACACAAUAAUAAUUGUCAAAUACACUACAUUCAUAAGACUUCCAAAUAACAUUAGAGCGUUGUACCGUCUAAACAUGGCCACUGUUUGAAUAGGAUUACUUUAGCAUCCCUCUCUGUGAGCUGCUGUUAACCUACAACAACUUUACAUAUGAUUUUAACCAGGUUACGUGAAUAGAUCCUGAUCCCUGUGUGGCCUUAUCAAACUGUGGAAGUGUUUUCUUUUUAACAUGUCUGAAGGAGUGAGUAAAGUGAGUUAGGGGAGAUUAACAUGCUCUAGCCUAGGUCUCUAAAUCAGACAGCAGGACCAAUCGAACGCUGCAGCAUCCAAAACUGCUUUGAUAUUGCUCCACAGGGAGGACCAUUGCAUCAUUGAUGACUCUGCUGAGGACGAAUUGGAGCCACAAAAGAAGAAAAAAAAACUGCUCGGAGGGUAAAGGUACAAGCAGAAUCUCGAAAAAGUAAUAUCCGAUCUGCCUGCCGCCAACACAACUUUUUCAUCAGGGAGAGUCAAAAAGAGUGGUCAGGGGUUAUUUAGCAGGAUGUAUUCAAUUCUGGAAGUUUCUGGCUCUGAGGGAGAAAGGUGGUAAAGGUCUGGGACGUACAAUUGACAGCUUCACAGAGUCCUGCAGUCGGGAACACCCACACCCCUGCGGUGUUGUCUGUGGUGGAGACUGAGGAGGAUUUCUCUCCAGUUUUGGUCUCUCUUGUCCUUUGUUAUCAUUUCUUCACACCUCUGUGCUUCUGCAGUUUGACGGAAACAUUCCGAAUGGGACAUGGCGUAAAUCCAGACGGACAUACAGACACAAAACAGACAGAAAAUGUAGGCACUCAUUCUCAUAGCCCUCACACACACAUAAACACACACACACAGGCACACUAACAUUUCAAUGUUUGAUAUGGAGGUGUGUAGAAAGCCACUGUCACUGAAAGACAAUGAGACAUAAGAACAAGAACACUGAAACGGUAAAGGUACAAAUCCACCAAAUGGAUCUUUUGUGCUUUAUAAGACGGUGUGUUGUUUUGCAUCAGAUUAACAACCACUAAGUUAGAGACUUCUUACAACACAAUCACCCUCAUUUCUGUAACUAUACACCACAUCAUGAGUCACUUGUACUUAUGCACACACACUUUUGGCCCCUUUCGCUGAAUAAAUUUGAGGACAUUAAUCUCAAAUGCCUUCGUCGAGGGUAAAUUUGAACGACAGAGUAUGAGCCACUUCCACAAUACAGUGAGGUCUAAAGCACAAUUUUCGUGAGUACUGUUUCGUUACGUCAACACUUUAAUGAGGACAUAGUCACAAUUUGGUUCACCUUUAGAAAAAAAUACAUUUUAAAAAAUGUAUUCAGCUUACACAUUAUUACCAUCACUAAUAUUAGUAUGAAUAUCAUAUACUAAUACUUGUAUUGGUGUCAAUGAGGGACGUCGUUUUUUUUUUAAACAUCAUUAUUAUUGCAUUUUUAAAUCCUGGCCUUGUUUGAUCUCUUUUGUCAACCAACCUUCAGUUAGACAAGUGUGUUGUUUGUGUGUGUUUCUAUGCAUGAGCGGCUAGUGUUAUCUAGUCCGGUUUGUCACUGCUCGGGGCUCCUUGCUGUGUGAGCGUAUGCCAGAACUCCACUUUCUUCCCUUUGUUUUUGAGACACUCGAACCAGUGUUUGAGUCUCUGUCCGCUCGCAUUGAUGCCCAGCUCAACUCCGCCUGCAAACAGACAGGGAAGGCGAAAAGAAAGAGGAGUAAGAAAGUGAUAUAGGAGAGAGGUAAAUGAGACAGAUGUUUAAUUCAUGGUAGCAAUGAAAAGAAAAUACAAGUGCAGCUUAAAAAAUCUGAAUGUCCCCAAAAAGUUCAUUUAUUUCCCCUGUAAUUCAAUUUAAAAAGUGAAAUUUCCGUAUAGUCUAUUUCUUUUGUUUGAAUCUUGGCGAUUACAACUUACUGCUCACAAAAUCUCACUCAAUAAAAAAAGAAAAAAAAGAUUUAUAACACCAAAAUGUCAACUUUAUGGGAUAUUAUGCUAAUUUAUGCCUUGAGUACUUGGUCUGAGCUCCUUUUGCAUGAAUUACUGCAUCAAUAUAAUGUUGCGUGGAGGAAAUCAGUCUGUGGCUCUGCUAGGGUGUUAAUGGAGGUCCAGGUUGUUUUGAUAGACUGUAUAUACUGUGGACAACUUGGUUCCGCCUCCCGCCAGUAUACAGAUUUGAAGCCAAAAAGUUCUUAUUCGUAUUUACGCAAUUUUUCUCCACUUCCUGAAACCAACAAUGUGCAGUAGCGUUGUACGCAUUUGGCAGGAGAGUCGCUGUCAUGACUCUUGGCUCAAACAGCGUAUCCCCAGGUGAGCUACGCAAUCUUCGUACACCCAUUGGCUGUAUCAAGUGUCAAUCAUAGAAAACAUGAACUCCCUAAUAACUUUUAAAAAUGGAGCUGUACGGAAAAAAGAAGACUUGAGCACAAACCAGUCUUACAGUUACUACAUGUCAACAUCGCAGGCAGGGGGGAGAAAAAUUUAUAUUCUGUGUAAUAUAUUCUGUAGCCUAUCCCAGCAUCUUUGGGCGAAGGCAGGUGACACCCUGGACAAGUCGCCAGUUCAUCGCAGGGCUGACAUAUAGAGACGAACAACCAUCCACACUCACAUUCACACCUACGGGCAAUUUGAAAGCGGCCAAUUAACCUAACCUCACUUAGGCGUGUUUUUGGGAUGUGGGAGGAAACCGGAGUACCCAGAGUAAACCCACGCAGACACAAAGAGUACAUGCAAACUCCACACAGAAACGCCCAGACCCGGAUUUGAACC